AUGGCAGACAGGACCCUCACCGUCAACUGGUAUGGUUUAGAAGAGGAUGAGGACGAUGACCACUUCUUCGAAUCUUUUGAUAGAAUUUCCUCUGCUGUCCCUCUUGACUUGGCAUCAUCUGAUGAUGAUGACGAUGAAUUUGACGAUACCCGCAUGUCCUUUGCCUCCGCUAUAUCUUCUGUUCCCACCCAGGAGUUCCGGGCCUUUGCAGCUGCAGCUGCAGCUGCUGCUACUGCCGCUCCUCCCGCCUCAGAAACAUCAUCUUCAGACGACUAUGGGAUGUGGAUGGCAGAACCGGGAUCGAUUCAGGAACGUCGCAAGCGUCUCCUACAAGGCAUGGGUUUAACAUCUGAGAAGGAGUUUAUCAGGCUCGCCAGUGUUGGCUUCAAGAGAGCAGCCUCCACAAAAGUUGGAAAUUGUGAGGUAACCCCCAUAGCAGUCGAUACAUGUUCUACUGAAGAGGAAGCAAAGCCACAAUUGGUACCGGUUGUGCAUGUACGUUCUCGGUCAGAUGGAGACAUGGAAGCAUUUUCUGCAAACACCAAACACAGGAAAAAGCAGUUACUAGGUGAGAUCAAAAAACUGUGUCUCACUAGAACAUCUUCCUCAUUGUCCACCCCAUGUCCUCGAAUAGGUCAAUACGACAAUUCUAUUACCGUAUCUGAAAAAGAAGCUGAAGGUGGAUGUUCAGUUCGUAGUGGGGAUCCAUUGUCCACUAUGGUGUCCAAAAGCCGAUUUGGUGCUUUCUUUUUGAUAAAGAAUUUGGACACAGGCAAGGAGUUUAUUGUUAAAGAGUUUGAUGAAGAUGGAAUGUGGAAUAGGCUCAGCGAUCUCCAGACAGGAAAGCAACUCACCAUGGAAGAAUUUGAGAAAAGUGUUGGCUAUUCCCCUGUUGUCAAGGAGCUUAUGCGUCGGCAGAAUGUUGUUCGCAUUACUGAUGGCAUUGGCAUUGGUGGUAGUGAGAGGAAACCCAGCAUGAACUCAUAUAUUACCAAGAGUUUUAGAUUCAGCAAGAGAAGGGGAGUUGCUUUGUUGAAGAACAUAAAGGGUGUCGCGAAUAGCUUUAUCAGUGAGAGAGAAAGAGAGAUUCCAUCUUUGCAGGAGGCCAAAUCAAGCAAGAAUUCUUCCUCUGAGUGGAUAAAAGUUCGGCAGCAUGGCAAAUCAUAUAAAGAGCUCACAGCUUUGCAUCUGUGUCAAGAAAUUCAGGCCCAUGAGGGCUCAAUUUGGACUAUUAGAUUCAGUUCAGAUGGACGUUACCUUGCAAGUGCAGGGGAAGAUAGGAUAAUUCAUGUGUGGGAAGUACAAGAAUGUGAAGCCACACCAUGGAAACCACCAGAUGAAUUGAAUUCCACCCCACUUCACCCAAUGGCGUUGGGGUCCUCAGAUCGGCCUCCUCUACCAGAGACUCCAAUAUCUGCAGAGAGGAAGAAAAAGGGGAAGAUGUCAUCUAGCAGUAGAAAAGGCCAUUCAAUUCCCGACUACAUCCACAUGCCAGAAACUGUUUUCUCACUGUUGGAGAUACCAGUUUGUUCUUUCAAAGGCCAUCUGGAUGAUGUCUUGGACCUUUCUUGGUCUGGAUCUCAGCUACUGCUUUCAUCAUCAAUGGACAAGACAGUCAGGCUAUGGGACAUGGAAACCAAGAGCUGUUUAAAGUUAUUUGCACACAAUGAUUAUGUAACUUGUAUACAGUUCAAUCCAAUGGAUGACAAAUAUUUCAUCAGUGGCUCACUCGAUGCAAAGGUUCGAAUAUGGAGCAUCCCUGAUCGCCAAGUUGUGGACUGGACAGAUCUUCAUGAAAUGGUUACAGCUGCAUCUUACACACCUGAUGGCCAGGGUGCAUUAAUUGGUUUGCAUCAGGGAAGUUGUCGCAUGUACAGCAUAGAUGAUGGAAAACUAAAUCAAACAGGUCAGAUUGAUAUCCAGAACAAAAAGAAGUCUCAAACAAAAAAGAUUACUGGUUUCCAGUUUGCCCCAGGAAAUCCAUCUGAAGUGCUUAUUACUUCUGCUGACUCCCGAAUUCGAAUUUUUGAUGGUUCAGACAUAAUUCAUAAGUUCAGAGGUUUCCGAAAUACAAGCAGUCAAAUUUCAGCUUCGUUUAGUCAGGAUGGGAAAUAUGUGAUAUCUGCAAGUGAAGAUUCUCAAGUAUAUGUUUGGAGGCGUGAUGAGGUCAGGCAUAUUGGUGCAGGAAAAGGUAAAAGUCUGGUCACUACCCGAUCUCAUGAACACUUCCAGAGUAGAGAUGUUUCAGUUGCAAUCCCAUGGCCUGGUAGCGUAAAAGGUGAACCACCGGUUGUACCAGUGCACUCCAAAAGGCACUCUAAACGCUCUGGAUCUACAAGCCAAGAAGAUAGCUCUACCGAUGGAAGCAAUAAGGCACAGUUGCCACCUCUUCCCAAGAAAAAUAGUUCAUUAGACAGAAUGCCAACUUGCCCAGAAGAGGAGAUGACAUCCUGUUUGGACCCUGGAAUUGGAAGCAGUGAAUCAUUCUCAUCAUCCUCAGCUUCAAUUAGCUAUGGUGACUCACCUUCUAUUUCCAGUUCAGGCAAUUCAUUGCCAUCUUGGUCUCCCUCAUGGUCUUGGUUUGAUGGUAGUAGCCAUGGGAGCCAUACUGUCCAAGCAACAGCAUGGGGCUUGGUAGUUGUGACCGCAGGGGUGGGAGGUGAAAUUAGGGCUUAUCAAAAUUUUGGGGUGCCACUUAGGAUCGGUCGCCAGACCACCCUCUUCAGGGAUCUCACCUAAAUGCUGCCACAUUAGUAAAGAUGGGAACAUAAUUUGUUUUUCUCAACAAAGGUUCUGCCUAGAACAUUAAUUCUGUAAAAAGUUUAGUUCUCACGAGUGAGGGUUGAACCUUGGAACUAUAAAAUGGAAAACCAGGAGUUUCUUUUAGCGUAA